UUCUUCCCGAUAGAAAUGCCGUCUUUCCCCAUCCUAAACAGCUUUGGGAAGCUGUGUGGAUCAAGUAAAAGUAAAGAAUUGGUGCUGGAAAAGGUGAAAUACAGAAAUUCAGUCAAAAGGAUGUCAGUUAUUGAGGACGGGGAUAUUGCAGAGGUCUUGUAUCUAAUUCCGAAGCAGAGCUUACUGAAGCAACUGCCCUACUUGAAUCCAGAUGACUACUACUUGUGUGAGCAGUUAUUUGGUGGUCCUGAGGAUAUGGUGGCCCAUCCUCAAGAGCCUCAUCACCCAUCUGAAAAGCCAGUCAUCCACUGCCAUAAGUGUGGAGAGCCAUGUAAAGGUGAAGUACUCCGUGUUCAGUCCAGACACUUUCACAUCAAAUGCUUCACCUGCAAAGUGUGUGGCUGUGACUUGGCACAAGGAGGCUUUUUCAUUAAGAACGGGGAAUACCUUUGCACCUUGGAUUACCAGCGCAUGUACGGUACCCGCUGCAACGGCUGUGGGGAGUUUGUUGAAGGAGAAGUAGUGACCGCUCUGGGAAAAACUUACCAUCCGAACUGCUUUGCCUGUACAGUUUGCAAGCGUCCGUUUCCACCAGGUGAUCGAGUUACCUUUAAUGGAAGGGAUUGUCUCUGUCAGCUGUGUGCUCAGCCAAUGUCCUCCAGCCCAAAAGAACUGUCUGCCUCAAGCAACUGUGCUGGCUGUGGAAGAGACAUAAAAAAUGGACAAGCAUUGCUAGCUCUCGAUAAGCAGUGGCACCUGGGGUGCUUUAAGUGCAAGGCCUGUGGGAAGGUCCUGACUGGGGAAUACAUCAGCAAAGAUGGUGCUCCUUAUUGUGAAAAGGACUAUCAGGUUCUUUUUGGAGUCAAGUGUGAAGCAUGUCACCAGUUCAUUACUGGGAAAGUACUAGAGGCAGGUGACAAGCAUUAUCAUCCCAGCUGUGCACGAUGCAGCAGGUGCAACCAGAUGUUCACAGAAGGAGAAGAAAUGUAUCUGCAAGGUUCCACUGUCUGGCAUCCCGACUGUAAGCAAUCCACUAAGACUGAAGAUAAGCUACGGCCCACCAGAACAUCAUCAGAAAGUAUUUAUUCCAGACCAGGUUCCAGUAUACCUGGCUCACCGGGCCACACUAUCUAUGCAAAAGUAGACAAUGAGAUCCUUGAUUACAAGGAUUUAGCAGCCAUUCCCAAAGUCAAGGCCAUUUAUGACAUUGAACGUCCAGACCUAAUUACUUAUGAGCCAUUCUACACUUCCGCCUACGAGGACAGACAGGAGAGACAGAGUCUUGGAGAGUCUCCACGGACAUUAUCGCCUACCCCUUCUGCAGAAGGUUAUCAAGAUGUUCGGGAUCGCAUGAUUCACAGGUCUACUAGUCAGGGCUCAAUUAAUUCUCCAGUGUACAGUCGCCAUAGCUACACGCCCACCAUGUCACGUUCCCCUCAGCAUUUCCACAGACCUGAGCUGCUCUCUACUGGUGUGCAGCGGUUGUCAUACCUGCGCACUAGCAGUCUCAGCUCCGCUCACCAUGACUCCCGCCCCAACUCCCCCUUCCGACACCACUUCAUCCCCCAUGUCAAAGGCAAUGAGCCGUCCAGCGGUCGGAACUCCCCUGUCCCCUAUCGGCCAGACAGCCGGCCUCUCACUCCAACUUACGCUCAGGCCCCUAAACAUUUCCAUGUUCCAGAUCAAGGUGUCAACAUUUACAGAAAACCACCGAUCUACAAGCAACAUGAUGCAGCUGCUUUGGCAGCACAGAGCAAGUCCUCCGAGGAUAUCAUCAAGUCCUCCAAGUUCCCAGCAGCUCAUGCACCAGCACCCAACGAGAUACCAAAGAUUGAGACGGACCACUGGCCAGGUCCUCCCUCCCUUGCAGCCAUAGGAGCGGACAUGAGACGCAGGUCAAGUGGAAGAGAGGAAGAUGAUGAGGAGCUACAGAGACGCCGGCAACUGCAGGAGGAGCAGCUCAUGAAGCUUAACUCUGGUCUUGGACAAUUGAUACUGAAAGAAGAGAUGGAAAAGGAGAGGUCAGCCCUUUCUGCCAGUCGUUACGAUUCUCCAGCCCACGCUUCAGCCUCCAAAACCUCUUCUCUUCCUGGCUAUGGAAAAAAUGGGCUUCACAGGCCGGUGUCUACAGAUUUUGGUCAGUACAACAGUUACGGAGAUGUGAGUGGUGGUGUUAGAGAUUUCCAGUCCCUUCCGGAUGGUCAUGUCCCUGGAAUGAGAAUGGACAGAGGAGUAUCUAUGCCUAACAUGUUGGAGCCAAAGAUUUUUCCAUAUGAAAUACUCAUGGUGACCAACAGAGGGCGAAAUAAAAUACUAAAAGAUGUAGACAGAACCAGGCUGGAGCGUCACUUAGCACCUGAAGUUUUCCAAGAAAUAUUUGGCAUGACGAUACAGGAGUUUGACAAGUUACCUCUCUGGAGACGCAACGACAUGAAGAAAAAAGCAAAACUCUUUUAAUGUCCCUUUAAACAAACAACUAAAAAUGACGCGUAGGAUAUUGUAUCAUACAAUCCAAACUAUUUGGAAGCAACCACUUACCCACCAAAAAGGGAAAAUCGCAUAGUGGCACCUCUACACACAGCAAUUGAACAAGAUGAACUUUUGCCCUCCUGGAACACAGGGAAAAAAUAUCUGGGCUCAGAAACAACAGUGAUAAUUUUCAGAGGUGUCGGCCUUUUACAUGAUGAUAUACAAGAUAGGAAACUUUUCUUCUCCCUCAAUGAUAUUCCCUUUACUUCUCUCUGUAACACGAUGGAACUUUAUUGCUAGAGCCAGGAAGUGCCCUUAGGAUGCCUUGUAGACUAAAGUAGUUGUAACCACUCCAAGAACUGGAAAAGAAAUAUAUAUAUAUAUAAUAUAUAUAUAUGUAUGUGUGUUUGCGUGUGUGCGCACAUGUAUUUAUAUCUAUUCAUCUGUGUAUGUAUGUGUAUAUAUGUGUAUAUAUGGAGAGAAAGAUAGAUACUCCAUAGUGAAGGAGAAGGCCUUUGUAACACAUCCAUGUGGUCACAUCAAGUCUUUCACACAACUGUUUCUUCACUGGCAGUCUUUUGAAACUGCAUCUUCUUUGUGUGACACAACCUGCAGAGGUGGGCACUUUGCUCACCUGCCAUGCAUACCAGUUGAAUUCUUGGAAAGCGGACUCCUUGUACUUGUAUAUAUUUGCUAGGAUAUAGGAAGUGAAUUGCUGUGUCUGUUGUUGGUCUUCCCUCUUCCACACUUUCUGCUUGAAUUAAUAAGGCUGGAGCUUAACCAGUCAAAUGAUGUAAGAUCACCUAAGUAAUGGGAAUGAUGGAGAAGAGUCAGUUUUCUUGUAAUUUAGUCCAGGAGAUGGGUGGGUGAAGGUGGGAAUGAAAGAGUGAGAAAAUGCUUUUUUAAGCGUGCCCUGGUUCACACCCAGAGAUUUUGGACAGAUUCCUUGCUAGUAAUUAAUUACUAGUACAGCUCCUUAGACUGCACUGGAUUUUACGUCAGCAGGGAAGAUGGUUCUCUGCAAGCCAACAUACACUUUCAUCCUUCUUAGGAGGAAUGUUUAUGAAUUAAAAGGUACCACCAAGGUACCAUGCUCUGCCAAUAGAGGCUUUUUGAUUAAAUUGCAGUUGCUGUGGUCAAUAUGGCACAGUGCAUGGGGCCAAGCACUCCCUUUUUAGUUAAUGUAGUUUUUCUCUUCUGCUUGGAAAAGAAGGUGCAGACUCUUUUUUCCUCUCUUGAAGCUUCAAAGCUCCAGCCUUGGUUAUUUUUAUUUCCCUUUGUGCCUGACUUGGUAUAUGAAGACAGAGAAAUCAUGCAAGGUGGUUUCUGAGCUGCAUUGGACUCCUUAUUGCUUUCAGUCUUCUUCCACUAUGUUGCAGCUUGAAAAAUAACUGGCUAUAUAUACCUUAACUGCUUCUGGGCAGGUCCUAUACAGAGAAGGACAUGAGCACCAAAGUAACUGAAUGAAUGCAUUGUGGCUGCAGCAUCAGCUUUUUCUCUUCCUUGAUGCUUAACUGCCAAUGCAUAUUGCACUAAUGACCAUCUCCUAGAGUCGGAGAAAGUCAUUUAGGUUCUGUGUCUGUCAAAGAAUAUCAAGGUUUCAUUCUUAAUGCAGAAACUUUUGGCACUGGAGACAUCAGAACCUUUGUAUUUUCUGUUACAUGAGACAUUAGUGUUAAAAUCUGGAAGUCAGGAAGAGGAAACAGUCCCAUGUAGUUGUGAGGUUCACUAUCACUGUGUUGAGUUCUGUAUAUCACCAAAUGGCAUUUCACCAUGAAAUGUGCAGGACAGCCCAAAUCCUGCCGCCUCUUUGCUGCUUUAAGACGUCCUGUUAGAACAGAUCGCUUUGGUUCAUGUGCUCCGUGCUCUGGAGCUAAGGGAAUGAUGAGUCCAGCGGGCGUGCUGGAGAAUGUUCUUGCAUGCAGACCUGGCAGCAUUGUCCCCACUGAACACAGGUCCUCAGUGAACACUGUACCACACGGCUGGUUGUGGUUUAGCUCUCUAGACUUAACUGAGAUUACAGCAAGGAUCAGUUCAACAUGCUUUACUUCAUUUUUCAGAACAAGCAUCUGAAAUGGCUUUAGAAGAACGCUGAGAAGCAAGUGGGAGCUAGGGGCACUGGCAGUUGGAGAUGCAUUUUUGAGUGAUUGCUGAAACCACAUCCAUGCAGUGAAAGGACAGUGGCGUUUUACAGUCAUAAGCUUUGUGAGUGCCAGUCUCAGAAAUUCAGUGUAUGUUACCUGCAAGUUGUGGCUUUAUGUUGAGAAGAAUUGGAUUUAAUCAUUUAAAGUAUUAAAAUUCUCCAAAUUUUGCCAACUCACAUCCUAUAGGUGAUGCUGUGCUGCUGCCACCCAAACACAGUGGGCUUUGUAGGUAUCUCAGGUCACCUUGACCUUUCUGAUAUGAAGACUGCUGUCACAGACGUGAGCUGCCAGCCCCCAGCUUUAGGUUGUUGAAUGUCUCACGGUGUCUGUGAAUAUCCUACCCAGUCAUUUCAGAGAUGACUAAGCCAGGUUGUCUUCUCUCUUCUCUCUCUCCUCAAAAAACAAAAGACAAAAGAAAAAUAAAGAACCCAUUCCUCCAGCCUUUGAAAAAUGACAAGAUAAUUUGUGUCUGCCUUAUCAGCUGAGAAUGUAAAGUUUCAAUUGCAGCGCGGGUAGGAAUGAAGAGAAGCCAGCUUAGAUCCUGCAGAUACAAUUAAUCUCCUAACUGGAUUUUUGGGCUGGUGCUGGUUCACACCUUACUGUUGUGGAGCAUAGUCAGUUCGCAGCUCUCUACACUAGACUUAAUACUGCUUUAUUUCUGAUUGAGACCAUGAGGGUUUUCUGAGCAUUAAUAUCAUGCCUAUGCUCAAUUCCUCUUAACUAUCGCAGCCACCUAUAAGCAGAUGCACCCCGAGAGAUCUCACGCCCUGAGUGCCAUGCUGCAGCCAGCCAGUGUGUGCUCCUGCAGUGGGCCCUUUGCAGUUGUCACUGCAGCACUUUCUCAACUUUAAUCUGCUCUUCCCACCUAAUAGAAAGGGAAAUGCAGCCCCAGGGAGAAUUGUCUUUGUGAUCAGUGGAUCAUUUUCCUAGUAUCAACCCAGUAGUGCAUUGUUUGUUGGGCAGCUCUGCACUGCAGGACGAUUCUUUGUAAUUCCCCUCUCACUAUUCCCUUGUGGCUGAUAAAUUUGAAUACUGCAAUCUAACGUAGAGCUUUGUAACUAGACUGUAAAUUAUUCAGUAAAUACUUAAGUGUGUAAGAAUAUGCCUUAAGUACACGCUUAAGUACUUCUGUCUCCUGCAAAGCAUCUGAGCUUCUGAUGAAGUCCUCUCAAACAGUGCUGUCAACAGUGUCUCUGCUGAGAGGACUGAAAACUAACUGAUUUUGUCCCUUUUUUUUUCCCCUUCUGCUUUAAGAAUGAUAAACAAAGACCUGUAAAAGUAGGCAUGCAGGAUGGAAUUACAAAGUAACCAUACGUGUGUGCAAAAUUGAAUUAUGUACAGAUGCAGCUGAGAUACUAUGCGAGUAGUUAACCUGGAAUUUCCAAAUAGUUGUAUUGAAUAGACAGCCAUAAUUCUGUAAUGAAGGUUGUCACUUAUGGAUGCCUGGUUCUGUGAUCUAUCGAGUGUGCAGAAGGCAAGGUCACUUUCCCACUUGAGAAAGCAGAUUUGGAAAUUACUAAACUGUCCGCUGUUUCUCAAUGAAAUUACGUGACCUACUGUGGCCUCCAUGUAGGAAGCUGAAUGAUAGCAUCUCAACUCUGCCAGUGUCCCAACCCAAGCUUGCUAAACUUUCUGUACAACUGGAAGAAUAAGUUCUCGUGAAGCUCAUUCACAGAACUUCAUGAUUUGUUUGUUACCAUUUCACGCUGGUGUCAUUUAAGAGAUGUUUUAGAGGCGUAACUCUCAGAAGCGUAUUUUUUUUUCAGUUUGGUUAGUAGCCUUUCAUUAAACAUAGUUGUGAUGCAUUGUGCACAUAGCUGCAGUGUGCUGUGAAAGGUUAGACUAGGCAAACAGGAAGUUUCUUAAUAGCUGCAUGUGGAGGCAAGAGAGCUCUGUGGCUCCAGUAAUGCUUUCACUCCUGUCAGGACAGAUGUCAUCUUGCCUUACCAACUUGUCUGGUCCCAAGUCUGUCUGGGCCUAGCACUGAAGUGCCCAGUACUCUUCCCCUGCUGCGAUUAGUCUGAAACUAGGCAUGUUUUGAAGUGAAAUCCCUCUCUGUAAGCCAUUGCUGCUCCUGGAGUGUCUCUGCCGUGUCAGUUAAUAUCAAUGGGUGGAGAAGUAUUAAGUUCUGUGAAGGAGAACAGGUGGAAUAACCAUAGAAUCAUAGAAUAUUCCAAGUUGGAAGGGAUCCACAAGGAUCAGCAGCAGGUCAAGGGAGGUGGUCCUGCCCAUACACUCUGCACUGGUGAGACCUCACCUGGAGUACUGUGUCCUGAUGUGGAGUCCUCAGUACAGAAGAGACAUGGACCUGUUGGAACGCAUCCACAGGAGGGCCAUGAAAACGAUCCAAGGGAUGGAAAACCUACCCUGCAAGGACAGGCUUAGAGAGCUGGAACUGUCUCUGGGGAGGCCUGAGAGCAGCCUCUCUGUAUCUAAAGGGGGGCUAUAAGGAGGAAGGGGACAGACUCUUUAGCAGGGUCUGUUGUGAUAGGAUGAGGGGAAAUGGUUUCAAACUAAAAGAGGGGAGAUUUAGAUUGGAUAUAAGGAAGAAGUUUUUUACAAUAAGGGUCGUGAAGCACUGGAACAGGUUGCCCAGAGAGGUGGUGGAUCCCCAUCCCUGAAGACAUUUAAGGUGAGGCUGGACCGGGCGCUGAACACCUGAUGGAGCUGUGGGUGUCCCUGUUCAUUGCAGAGAGGUUAGACCAGGUGACCUUUAAAGGUCCCUUCCAACUCAAACAAUUCUAUGAUUCUAUGGUCAUCUAGUCCAAGCUUGAUUUCUCCAGGGUUUGUUGGGUGGUGUUUAGCAAACAUAGAAGAAAUGUGUGCGGGCUUGUAUUACCUAUUUCAGACUGUGGAGAAGUCAGGUUUGGAGCAUGUGUAGAUUAUGAGCAUCUUUGCUCAAGUCGAUGAUAAUAAUGAUGCAUAAAACAUGCAGGAAGAAAGAAAAUCUACUGAUCUGUGCUGAAAUGCCAGUAAUUCCCUAGCAGAGACUCUUAGGGCUUGGUCCCACAUCCCCUUUCACAUUAGAUUAGCCCCAGGUUGCAGUCCAGUUCUUUGCCAACACAUCUGCUGGAGUCCAGCAUAGUCUUCAGUGUAGACAUGGAAGGAGUGAUCUUGCCAACACAUGGUAUGAUUUUAUACCACUGCUAUGGAAUGAAGAGCCUUUCUUUUAGUGUAGAAACGCUCUUACUGCUGUGGGUCACAGGACUGUUCUUGCUGGUGAGUUUUCCUUCUGAUUUCUCCCACACACAUAUUCUGUGCUCGAUAAAGUAGAAAAUAAAAAGUCUGUUACAGUGCAAAGACACUGAGAUAUUAGUCAGAUAACUCUGCUGGCAGGAGCUAUGUGAUGCUGGCAGUUGCCAUAGAGGGAAUAAGUGUUAUUAAUUUUAAUGUGAGCAUCAGUGCAGGAAGUGGGAAUCUAAUUGGCCAUUAAUGCUGUUUGCCUGUAUGCAAAAUAAAUUAUUUGUUGCCCAAAGGGCUUCUAACAGGGAAAGACUUCUGCUAAUGAUUUCCUAAAAAGUGCUUGUCCAUGUGAAGAGGUGCAACUUCCACAUGCACCGUGGUCUUUCUUUUGAGGUAAAAAAAAAUGACUGAAGGCAAGCAGUUACCUGGUUUGCCAGAAAUCACUGCAGUUAAUAUGAGUGCUUCUCCCAGGACUUGUAAAGCUGAGGCCCAUGGGACCUUGCUCCUACGGGUUAGGAAGUGAAGUGUAGAAAGGCUUGAAGAAGCAGAAGCAGUCAUGCAAAUCCCAGCGGUGCCUUACCGGGCUGUGCCUGGCUCCCUUGGGCGCUCGACAGGUCCCCUGGACACCUCCACAAAGCAUGUUGUGCAAACCCACUGCAAUCAGUGGAUUCUCUCACUGACGUCUGCACACUUGGGAGCAGGCAGGCUCUUUUCAUCUGUCGAGACCAGAAAAGUCUCAGAGUGUCACCAUUGGGUCUGUCUUGUCCAGGCAGUGUGACUUGGUCAUUGCUGACAACUCUUCCUGUAAGAGGGCCUUACAGCUGGGACUUGGGUUUUUUUUUAAGCUUUGGAAACUGAAACUAAUUUUUUCAAAGGUAUAUUUUAUUUUAAAUCAGUAGAUUUGGGCAAUAGGAUUUUUUUUAUCAUUUUAUUUUUUUUCUUUUCUCCUCCUCUGCAUGCUACAAACCAGCAUCCCAGGGAGGUGUCCCUGUGUUUCCCACUCAUCUGUGAGACAGCUCUUUCUGAGUCUCUCUGUAAAAGUGAGUUGAUGUCUUGUCUGUACAGUAAGUCUGCUUGUAUGCAUAAUGAACAGUUGAGCUGGGUUGCUGUUCUGUACAAUUAGUGUUUCAACUGUCAUACUGCAAACAGCACACACUGCACUCCUGUGCCACUGUAAUCUGCAUCACUGUUGUACUCAAGUCAAUGAAUAAAGUUUGGAGCUUUAUUCUUAA